AGCGUUCCAACUGGUAGCUUGGUGGCUGCAGUCUUUCCUCUCCCCGCCCUCGGCCCGCUCGGUCGUGCCAGGGGUGCUCGUCAUCCCUGGCCAGCGCCCCGCAUCUCCAGCCCCCAGAGGGCGCGGCACCGCCCAUGCCGCACGGGCUCCUGCCCUCUGCGACCCGGCGCGACCAUGGCGGACCCAGGCCCCCCGCCGCCGCCGCGCGUGUCGCCGCAGGAGAGGCGGAGGCGGGGAGCAGCCCCAUGGAGGUGCUGCGGCGGACCCUCGCGCAGCCGGUGACCAUCACGCCGCCGCCGCCGAGCGUCCCGGAGCAGGAGGUCCCCUUGGAGGAGGUGGCCGACACCAUGGAGUUCCAGGUUGUCUUGGACAGGAGUAGUACGGAGCAAAAGUUCGGCAUCCAGUACGCUGGCAGAUCACCUACAAGCUCGACGCCGACACGAGGCAUCUCGUGGUGCAGUCCCUGAAGCCUACGGGCGUCUGUGCACACCACAACUGGGAGAUGCGCCACUUCCCGCGCGAGUGCGCCCUCUUCCAGCAGCAAGUCGCCCCGGGGGACGAGGUCGUAAAGGUGAACGGCUCCCAGGACCCGGACGAGAGAUGAAGGCCCACCUCCUCGCCUCCAACAACGUGCACCUGCACGUGCUGCGGCCCUCCGCUGGUCGGCAGGCGGCCCGCGACGCCAUCCGGGCCGAGCGCGAGCGGCAGGCCGGGCAGCUGCCGGGGCCGCCGGCGCCCCUGGGCGCGCCGGCGCCGGGCGCGCCGGCUCCGCGGGCGCCGCCCGGAUCGACGCUGCGC